GCGAGUCUCAGAUAGCCUGGAGUUCUGCCUAACAAAACCAACUUGCGUCUGUUUUAUCAGUGAUGCAGGCACAUGCAGACUGGCUGCCUUUACACUACCUGCGUAUGGAAGCCAACGUAGUUUUCGACUCAUAGGAUUUCAGCCAUGAUAUUCACCUCAUUCACCACCGUGAUCAUAUCUGUCACAGCGAUGGCUGGCGUAGCUAUCGCAUCCGACAACCUGAACGUAUCGCCUUUGGGCCUACCCUGCUUCUACCCUAGUAAGCACUUUUGCGGCUUACGUGCAGACCUCUUUGUGAGCAUAUCUGCUAACACAAUACACAAAAACAUACCUGAGGCCUGGAGGUCGCGUAUUCUUGUUCCUGGUACCGAUGGUAAGGGAGGUAACAACGUGGGGUAACUUGAAGCAAGAUUCCGAACACCUGGAGGACAAGGAGAAACAUGGGACGGCGGUUGAUACGCUUUUCUGUGCCCCCCAAAGUUCUUCACUCUGCUUGGAGGCUGGGCCCCUCAAGAGAUUACAUAGUAUACAUGCCGUCCUGCGGCAAUAGCCUGCAUGAAGGCAAUCCUACAAUACCCAAUCUGAUUGUUUCUCUUGUAUCGACGAGCUCACGCCCGUUGUGCCUUCGGCACAAAUCGAAGGAGCGCUACGCGCUCCUUCAGGGUGGGAAAAUGAGUGUUGUUCCUUCGUCACAGGAAGCCAAGGAGGGCUA